GCAUUUUUUAGAGUGUAUUUUUGUUAUGCGGAUGACACGAGUGAAAAUCAUAAAUAAUGAAUUCAGGAUGACAUCUUGAAGGUCCACCGAGCUUUUUAAAGUGUUUUGGGCAUGAGUCAAUUUUCAGCUGAUGCUGAUGCUGUGACGUCACGGGGGAGAGCCGAUGGACUGGAGGAGGAGAGAUGCGAAAAACAGGGGAAGACCGGAGGAGCACGAUAAAAGCUGAGACAUUACUGUGCCAGAAAGCACGGAAAAACAUGAGACCUUAAACAGCAGCGUUAACACGAUGCGUCCUUCCGUCUGCUGUUGACAAACCCGAAAUGCGUGAAGAGCAUCCCGGAUAAAGUGUGAGCAGAAUGUCAUCUCCUGGAAUGGGCACCUCGAGCGACCCCCUGUUGUCCAGUCCUGUAGGGGGGAAGUUCGGGAUUGCCCAGCAAGGCACCUGGAGAGCCACUCUGUCCAAAACGUCCAGUUUCCCAUCGUCCACCACACGGCACCUCAGUCACAGAGCCAACAACUUCCAGAGGCACCCAAAGCGACGGAAACUGAUCAGGCCGUCUCCACCACCACCGCCGAACACACCGUGUCCCCUGGAACAGCUCGACCUGAGCGAACUUCCUCCGAGACGCACUUGCCCCGAGCUUCUCUUGAAUGGCUGCAUUUUGUUUGGGAUCGAGUUCAGCUACGCAAUGGAAACGGCGUAUGUCACACCCGUGUUACUUCAGAUGGGGCUGCCCGACCAGUUCUACAGUCUAGUGUGGUUCAUCAGUCCAAUUUUAGGGUUCCUUCUGCAACCAUUUCUUGGGGCAUGGAGUGACCGGUGUACGUCUCGCUUUGGCCGCAGGAGACCGUUUAUUUUUGCCCUGGCGAUAGGGGCUCUGCUGGGUCUAACACUGGUGCUGAAUGGACGGGACAUUGGAUCGGCUGUGGCGGACACCACCCUCGAUCAUAAGUGGGGCAUCGUGCUGACGGUGUGCGGCGUGGUUCUGAUGGACUUCAGUGCCGACUCAGCUGACAACCCCAGUCAUGCAUACAUGAUGGAUGUGUGUAGCCCAGAGGACCAAGACCGAGGCCUGAAUAUGCACGCUCUUCUGGCAGGUCUUGGCGGCGGCUUCGGCUACAUUGUGGGUGGCAUUAACUGGGAUAAAACGGAGUUCGGAAGGUCAAUGGGUGGCCAGCUCCGGGUCAUAUACCUGUUUACCAGCAUCACCCUCACUGUCGCCACAGCCAUGACCCUCACCAGCAUCCCCGAGCGACCUCUGCCCCAGUCCCAGCCUCAAACCAGAAGCUCCCAAAUCCUCAAGAGCCCCAAUCUUCCUCUGCCGCCCUCCCCACCUCCUCCUCCUGGAACUGCUUUGGACCAGGAUGAUGAGGAGGAAGAGGAAGCCCUCUAUAACAGCCAGUUCUCCAAUCGCCAUUACCAGGAUCUACUGGGUCGCUCCAGCAGUGCCAACGCACGUCUCUACGCAGGCCUCACCAGCCCCAUUUCCCCUCUGAGUCCUCUGACGCCCAAAUACGGCAGCUUCAUCAGUCGGGAUAACUCUCUCACUGGCAUUAAUGAGUUUGCUUCCUCCUUAGGCACCUCUUAUAUAGACAGAGUAUUGAUUGAAUGCUACACUGGGCAGCAGACUCCAUUAGAACCCGAGGCAGUGGCUCCGCCCCUUCCACCAAGGGACACACCCCCUCCUCCUCAAAGCGAAAUACCUACCACAUAUGAAGUUGCACAGCAAAACAAACUCUCGCAGCCUAAUGGACAGUUGCUGGCGACUGAGGAGUUGCGAGCUAGUGAGCAAAAGCCAGCCAUUGAACCCGCUGAGCAGCCUAAUGAUGUCCAGCAGGCUGCGUCUGGAUCACAGAGAGGAAGUACCUCAGGGAUACUGAAGCGCCCCCAGAGUCUGGCCUUAAUGGAGGACCAGGUAAAUGCUCCAAGUGGCGGUUUGGACAACGGCCGUAGGCGUACUGUCACCUUCAGUCAACAGGUGGCAAAUAUAUUGCUGAAUGGCAUGCAUUAUGACAGUGACCUCAGCAGCACCCAUGAAGCAGCAGACUCUCAAAUGUCAAUAAAGCUGCUCUGUACUGCCAUCUACAGGAUGCCUCCAUGUUUACGAAGUCUGUGCACCAACCAUUUCCUAGGUUGGUUAUCGUUUGAGGGGAUGCUGCUCUUCUACACUGACUUUAUGGGGGAGGUUGUGUUUGGGGGCGACCCAAAGGCCCACCACGAUUCAGAGGAGUACAAGCGCUACAAUUCAGGCGUCAGCAUGGGCUGCUGGGGGAUGUGCAUCUAUGCAUUUAGUGCUGCUUUUUAUUCAGCCAUUCUUGAGAAGCUGGAGGAGCGGUUCUCAUUACGUUCUCUGUAUUUUUUCGCCUACCUGGCCUUCGGUUUGGGCACAGGACUGGCCACUCUCUCCACCAACCUGUACGUGUUGCUGUCUCUCUGCGUCACCUACGGCGUUCUCUUCUCUUCUCUCUGUACGCUGCCUUACUCUCUGCUCUGUGAAUACUACCAGAGCCCACAGUUCUGCGGCUCAUCAGAGGACGGGACCAGGCGUGGUAUGGGGGUGGACAUCUCCCUGCUCAGCUGCCAGUACUUCCUGGCACAGAUCCUGGUUUCGGUGGCGAUGGGCCCUCUGACAUCGCUGGUGGGAGGGGCCCAGGGCGUGAUGUACUUUUCGAGUCUGAUGUCAUUUGUGGGGUGCCUGUACUCCUCACUGUGUGUGGUGUACCAUCUGCCACCACCCGAGGGCAGAGCUGACGUUGAGGCUGGAGUGUGAGUGAUCGCAAUACGGAAACAAGCCGAGUGUGGAAGAACAAGCCGAAUGUAUUGUUCGGUGACUACAACAAAUCUGGACAACCGAUAUGGACUCUCCACCAAAGCACUCACAAUUGUGCGCCCGUAAUGCUAAGCAUCUUUUUUUUUGUUUUGUUUAGUUUGUUUCGCUUUGCAAUACAUGCAGCACAUCAAACCUUUAAAAACUCCAGGUAGCAAACAGUUAAUAAAGAACUGAAUGAGACAAAAGCUCAUUAUCACAUUAUUUUCCUCAGUCGUGUGUUAUCUACACAAAGAUGUACAGAUCUUCCACUCUGGAAAAUAAUAUGUUUAUUUAUUUUUUAUUAAUAAAUUAAUAAGUCGCAUUGUACAGGUACAUGCUCUGAGAAAUAAACAGUUGUCACAAGGUGAAGGUUUUCUGCUGCAUGUGGCAGGUGUAAGACUGCUGUAGUUUCUAGUAAAUAUAACCAGCAGGGGGCGCAGUAGGAUCUCAAAAGGAGGUCAAACUAACUAUAUUGAAGGAAUAGUUCACCCAGAAAUGAAACUUUGCUGAAAUGGUCAAGAUGAGUUUAUUUCUGCAUAGGAACAGAUUUAGAGAAUUGUAGUAUUAUAUCAUUUGUUCACCAAUGGAUCCUCUGCAGUGAAUGGGUGCCGUCAGAAUGAGAGUCCAAACAGCUGAUUAAAAACAUCACAGUAAUCCAAACCACUCCAGAAACAAACCCAUGAUAGUGGUGUUCUAACUUUAAAACACUGGCCAUAAUAUGAGUGUAUUAUCCAAAUAUUACUAACUCAAAAAAAAGUCCAUCCCGUUGUCCUCUCACACUCAAAUAGUGAAAUGUAGAACGUUCGCUUGUCACCGGUGCUUGAUCUGUGCAUAAAAAUGUGAGAAAAAAAAACUAUUAUGGAUUGAGGACUUGUAUUUUAGUUGGAAGCAAUGGUUUUAAUAAAAAUAAAAAGUUGAUGGAUUUGUUUGUCAUAACCAUGCAGCAUUUUUCAGUUGGUUGGACUCUCAUUCUGACGGCACCCAUUCACUGCAGAGGAUCCAUUGGUGAGCAAGUGAGGGAAUGUUAAAUUUCUCCAAAUCUGUCCCAAUGAAGCUAAAUCCUUUAACCUUUGUGCAAGAAACCACCACAAAUUUUAGCACCAGUUAACUUCUUUCACAUAUUUAGUGCAUGUCCAAUCUUGUUUCAAAAAGCUUAAAAUUUGUGUUUUGCAACCCCCAAAACAACGUUAAAAAAAGACCCAAGAGGCACUGGUUUUAAAAAGACAAGACUUUUUUAUUUUAUUUUUUUAUUUAUAAUCCUGAACCAAACUAUACAAAGCAGUGGUCAAAAAGCAACCAAAACACAAUGAAAAAAAAAAAAAGGUUUCGCUUGAGGGACUGAAAGAACGACCA